AUGCAAAGCACAUUUAUUUUAGUUACAAAAAAGAUGCCAACGACCUCCUUCCAUCAUUCAGAGGCAUCGAGAGAGCUGGCACUGACCGGAGCAGCAAUUUCUAUUUUCAACACAGAAAAGGCCUCGGUUGAUACAGACACGACAGACCCCGUUGUUCAGGCUCGCCAACUCGCAUACGAACGGGGGACAGCAAAUAUUGAAUCCUGUUCCAUCACAUCUUCCGUUUAA